AGCCCUUUUUUAUUGGGAAAGGCUUGAAAGUGCAAUUGCAGAAAUAUAUGGUAACUGUCACCAUCCGACCAUCCCAAUAAUGAAAACGGAAGCUAAGGAUGGAGAAGAGGAAAGCUUGCAGACAGCUUUCAAAAAACUAAGAGUUGACACAGCUGGGUCUGUGGCUUCUCUUUCUGUGGGUGAAAGGACAAGCACAAGAGGGUUGRUUAGAACAGCUGCAGAGGAAACCAAACCUAAGAAUGUGUGUGCUUCUAAGGAAACCUGGCAUGGAUCUGUGAAAAAGCCUUCGAGAGGAGCUGUGAGAACCCAGCGGCGCAGGCGUUCCAAGUCUCCAAUUCUUCAUCCUCCAAAAUUUAUCCAUUGCAGCACGAAACCACCUUCCACGUGCAACCAGCUGCUACGCAAAGGCCAGAGCGAAGCCGCACACGAGAGCACUGCGUUUGGGAUUGCAGCCCCGAAGGCCACUUGUGCACAUGAACGAUGCCGUGUAGCUCCUGACCUCCAGCAGAAGGGAGCUGCUGUUGAGUCUUUGGGAGCUUCUGUUACAGAGUUGACGUCGGAGAACAAAUCAGAGGAGUCUCCAGCUGCCAUUUCUCUGGUGUCCCAAGCGAGCCUGAAGACUGCAGAGCUUUCUGACUUUCAGUCCGUGUCAAAGCUAAACACAAAUAAGCCGUGUUCGUGCGCAGCAAAGGCCUGUGAGUGUAAACGGUGGCAAGAUAUGGAAGUGUACAAAUUCUCUGGCUUGCAGAACAGCCUCCCGUUGGCAUCUGACAGAAGAACAGUUGCUGAGGACCAUUCUCAGCCUUUGCUAUCAAGAACUCCCUCAAGUUCUCCACGCUCUUGCUCUGAGCAGGCCAGGGCCUUUGUGGAUGAUGUGACUAUUGAAGAUCUUUCGGGCUACAUGGAAUAUUACCUGUAUAUUCCAAAGAAAAUGUCUCACAUGGCAGAAAUGAUGUACACCUGACAACGAGCACCACAUACGGAAGGCCUGUGGUUUAAAUCUGCCCUCUGUCACGUCCAUGUGAGGUGGAACCCACUCCCUGCUCACUGUGCUUGCAAUAAACACACUUCCUUCGCAUCUCAACUAAUGCUUGUUAUUCCAAGCAGGACACACCUUAGCUUAAGCAUUACAGUUUAAGCUCUUAAUAGAUAAUGGAAUAAGCAGUGAGUUUGGUCAGAGUAUUUCUUUAGGCUUAAGAGAACUAACACUUGGUAAAUUUUGCUCUCUCUUUAAAAUAGGCCUGUUUGAUUUGUUGAGAGGAGUCUCUGGGUUUCUUGGUAAUUGGAACUCUUUAUGUGAGAAACUGGUGUAAUUCAGCUCCUUUCAAAUUGCUGUGACCUCAGAUUGUAACAGUUAUGCUUCCAUUUUUGGAUGCUUUGCCUCUGUUUUKUUUCCUUAAAGGGGUAUGGUGAUGUCCUUUCCCAAGCUCCUUAGUAUUACUGCACUAAAGGGAAGUGAGGGGACUGAGUCUGCUCUUCCGGGGAAGAGGCAUCAUUAUUUCUUUGUGCUUAAAGA